AAAGAAUAAAACCUCAUAAAACUGUUAUUCCCGCAGAAUUAAAGAUGUCGUUCCGAGUGUCACGAAGCCCCGGGAGCGGAUCUAACGUUCACUCCUCCGCCCCCUGCUCAACGGCUGUUUCUUUUUGGGGCUGCUUUUUUUUUUUUUUUUUUUCUUCCAACCCUCGGUCAUGUGAUUGUAACGUAAAACCCCUAAACCGGAAAACACCGACGGACGGACACGACCCUCUCCGCCGCCGCCGAGGAGGAGCGGGACAAGCUGCUGCUGCUGCCCAGAGAGGACGGACCAGUCCCCGGUGACGAAGCCCCUGAACACCGCGGCGAGGCUCCACGGAUCCGCGGAGAAGCAGGUUGAAGAAUGGAGUUGGCCAACCAUGGUCUUAUCCUGCUGCAGCAGCUUAACGCUCAGAGGGAGUUUGGCUUCCUGUGCGACUGCACUGUGGCUAUCGGAGAUGUCUUCUUCAAAGCCCACAAAGCCGUCCUCGCUGCCUUCUCCAACUACUUCAGGAUGCUCUUCAUUCACCAGGACAGUGACUGUGUGCGCCUAAAGGCUGCCGACAUCCAACCGGACAUCUUCAGCUACCUCCUCAACCUGAUGUACACGGGCAAGCUUGCUCCCCAGCUGAUAGACCCUGCACGGCUGGAGCAGGGAGUUCGAUUCCUGCACGCCUACCCACUCCUGCAGGAGGCAAGCCAGUCAGUGUAUUCACAACGCGAGCAAAGCAUCAACCUCUCCACCUCCCUCUAUGGCAUCCAGAUCUCUGACCAGCAGGUGGCGCUGUCAGCCAGACUUGCCUCUCGACGGCAGCUCUCCUCUCCCUUGGAUGUCGAUCAGCUCAUGUCAGAGGGGAAGUUUCCAUCCAUGUCGGCGGCCACAGCUUCGUACGGCAACUCCUCGCCAUCCAAGCUGCUUUCCUCGCCCAUAGACAUGGAGGCCUCGACCAGUGGCGCUAAGCCUGAUGGUGAGGAGGGGGGAGCCAGCAUGCUGACUGGAGAUGGUUCCUUGGUCAAUGCCAUCCUCCAUGUUAAGCCCAGCAUCAUGAAAAGGAACGCCUCCUUUAGAAAGCAUUAUUCCUGUCACAUCUGCAGGAGCCGAUUCACCCAGAGAAGCCUGCUGAGAGAGCACCUCCUGCAGCACAGCCUGGCUGUUCAGCAGAGCCUGACUGAGCCCAGUAACGCACUCUCACCUCUCAUGUCGGUUGACCACAGCAUGUUAGAGGUAGAGGGGAUCCUCAGGGGAAGCAAGCCAGGGUCAAGUGCCUCCGCUGCCAGCACAGCGGUCGAGAUAAUCAGUGACAACGAGCAAACGCCUGUUUCAGGCACCAACUCAGACUCUCCCCUAGCAGAGGUGUCCACAUCCAGCUGGGGGGUGGGGGGAAUGAAUCAUCAGGCAGACACACCCCCUCCGUCAGACAUUGCGGACAUCGACAACCUGGAGAGCGCCGACUUGGACCGCGAGGUGAAGCGGCGGAAGUACGAAUGCUCCACCUGUGGCCGCAAGUUCAUCCAGAAGAGCCACUGGCGCGAACACAUGUACAUCCACACGGGAAAGCCCUUCAAAUGCAGCGCGUGUGGCAAGAGCUUCUGCCGGGCCAACCAGGCAGCGCGCCACGUGUGCCUGAACCAGGGCGCCGACACCUACACCAUGGUGGACCGACAGAGCAUGGAGCUGUGCUCCGCAGGAGAUGACAGCAGCCAGAUGGAGGCGAUGUUCUUGGGCUCAGCAAAGCCUUAUAAGUGUAACAUUUGUGCGACCACCUUCUCCAGCCCCAAUGAGGUGAUCAAGCACCUGUGCUUCACCCAGGGGGGAUUAGUGGGACUUCAGGGAAACGCCGAGAUGCUGCUCCAACGUGAAGAUCUGUCUAAGGAUGAAGGCUCCGAUGCUUCCAACUCUGGCACCCAGCUAGAACCCAUAAAGACUGAGGAGAUCCUCGUAGAGUAGUGCCAAAACUGUCUUUCUGUCCUUUUUAACAUGUUUAUCUUCUAAAUUAUGGUUAAUACGUAAGCUAAAGCUAGUCAGGGUAUGUGUUAUGGAGGGUCUCGAGCUAAUAAUUAAAGUUUUUUUGGUUUUGUUGAGUACAGUAUUUUUUGGUUUAUUUGAUCCUGUGUUUAAAAAUGUUAAUGGGUUCAUCCACACCAUAUAGAAAAGCUAAUACAAAUCACAUUUGGCUCAAUGUUAAGCUAAACCCCAACGAGGGAGGUGAAAGUGUUUCCUCUCGUCGUUUUAGAGUCUCUGCACACGCAGACGUUCUGUACAAAAGGAAGAGGAAGCGGAGACAGUUCCGGAAGAGAAGGCAUUUUGUGAGAUGAGUUGGCUGAGGGAAGGUUUGUGGAGAGGAAACUUCUAACAACCCCACUCGAGCUGAACAGGACAGCUGUUUCUCUAUGGUUGUAUUCAGCGACCAAUUCUGCACAUGCGGUCUAGAUUAUAAUCCCUGCUCUAAACACACAGAAUAUAAUGGCCUGAGACAAUCUGAGUUGAUGUGAGAAAGUACAUUUCUCUUCCAUUUACAUUUUGGCUCAGCAGAAUGAACGUCUUGAAAUGUAAUGUUGAGAAAGUUAAUCCCACCCUUCAACGCAACCGCCAACUUGGUUUGGUUGGUUUCUGUGUGAUGCAACAUAUUGAAAACACAACAGAUGUUGGUCAAAUCACAAGAAACCUUGAUUAUGUCAACUUUUCUUAUUUACUUAUUUUACAUGUUCCGGCCCCCCCCCCCCCACACCCAC